AUGCUCGUGCUCCUCCCUGAAAUUGAUGUGUUUGUGUGCGCGUCGAGGCUUUGUAUACCUGAAGACGAAGACGACGACGAAGAAGAAGACAACAAAAAAGAUGAUGAUGAUGAUGAUGAUGAUGCCAUGAGCAUUGACUGCGAAUUUCUACACAGUGUCGAAGUGAAGACGGACGAGACGCACGGGAACUCGCUGAACGCGGUGAUCGCGAUUCCGCCGGGUCGCCUCAUCGGCGUCAUCGAUAAGAACACCUCGAACGAUCCGAACGCGUUGCUCAUAUUGAAUUUGAUCAAAGAGGCCGAAGACGGCGAGCUGGCCAACAUUUGCAUUCGGCAGCACGAGACGAAGACGUUCCUGCAGACGAGUCGGACCAUCAAAAUCGGCGAGCGCCUUCUUCUGCAGAGGCUCAGCGACGAGGAGUGCGACGAGGAGGAGAAUUUGGAGAUUGUGAAACGCGUUGACAAAUCGCCACCACCAUCGUCACCGUCGCCACCGCCACCACCACCACCACCACGCCAACAGGAGGACGUCGACGAGGAGGAGCUCGACGCCGACGCCGCCGAGGACGACGACGACGACGACGGCGGUGAGGAAGAGGAGGAGGAGGAAGAGGAGGAAGUGGUGCGCGAAACCGGCGAGCUCGCACCCGGCCAGAUUAUUCCCGAAGGCAGUCAGGCGCACAACUGCGGCGUUUGCCCGAAGAGCUUCUCGAGUGCCAGCGGUCUCAAACAACACUCGCAUAUUCACUGCAGUCUCAAGCCGUUUCGUUGCCAUAUCUGCUCAAAGUCCUACACGCAAUUCUCGAAUUUGUGCCGCCAUCGACGCGUUCAUCUGGACGGUUGGCAGUGUCAGACGUGUCACGCGCAAAUGCCAUCGCAUUCAGCACUACUCAAGCAUCGUCCGAUUUGCGAGAUGACCGCCAUGUAUAAGCCGAUGUUGGCGGCGGCCGCCGCAGCCGCCGCCGCCAGCGUUGGCGCCAACGCCACCACCAACACCACCGCCGCCAACACAUCGCCAUUUCCGCAUCCGAUGGCGUAUUGGAUGCAGAUCGCCGCGCAAGUGCCGUUCAAUUUGUUCGCCAAUCCCGAUUUAUAUGCUAAGAUGAUGUGCGCCUCGCCGGAAGCCGAUUCAACCAGCAGUAUUCUCGCGUCGCCGCCGCCGCCACCAUCAUCGUCGAAUCUGAAUCCGAUCAGCGCCAACAGCUUCCUCGCGAUGCUUCAACGACCGUUCAACUAUUCGACGGCGUCGUUCAUGACGACGCCCGGCAAGACGACGUCGUCGAACGGCGCAACGGCGUCGUCGAACAACAAGGAUCGGUACACGUGCAAGUUCUGCCAGAAGGUGUUCCCGAGAUCGGCGAAUCUCACGCGACACCUCCGAACGCACACCGGCGAGCAGCCCUACAAGUGUCAGUAUUGCGAGCGCUCAUUCUCGAUCUCAUCGAACCUUCAACGACACGUGCGCAACAUCCAUAAUAAGCCGAACACCAAGCUCACGCCUCAUCGUCGCCAUGUUCCAGGAGCGACCGUUCCGCUGCUCCCGCUGUGA